GUAAAAAGUUACUCAGCAAAGCAGACCCUGCGUCUCAUUUUGAUGACGUUUACAAUUUCAAUUUACUGAGGAACUGACACUGGUUUCGUAGAAGCGUUUUUUAAUCCAAAUCACGCGCUUCUUCCCGUCAAACAGGCUGGGAUCUUGGAUGGAGUGAACGUUGAGCCCCAGUGAGAUGACUGACCAGGGCAACAACAACCAGAACAUCUCCUGCAACCCCUUCGCUGCCCUCUUCAGCUCACUGGCUGAUGCCAAGCAGUUUGCAUCAGGCCAGAAACCACAACAACUGUCUGCUGAACCGCCAUUGGAGGACUCAGGAGAGAGCCAUUCAGAGUCAGAAAACUCUGUGUCAGACAGCGUUGAUGACAAUGACGACUCUGUGGCUGAGAUCAGCCGUUCCUUCCGGUCACGGCAGGAGCUGUGUGAACAGCUCAAUGUCAAUCACAUGAUCCAGCGAAUAUUCCUCAUUACUCUGGACAACAGUGACCCCAGUCUGAGAGGAGGUAAUGGGAUCCCUCCUCGCUGUGUUUACUUGGAAGAGAUGGCUGCAGAUCUGGAUGGACAGGACUGGCUGGACAUGGACAACAUAGAGCAGGCUCUGUUUAACCGUCUGCUGCUGCUAGAGCCAGGAAACCACCUCAUGUACAUGACCUCAUCCAGCACAGUUAACCUGUCUGCUGACCGUGAUGCUGGAGAGAAGAAUGCCAUCCCUUACCUUUUUGCUUGUUACCAGAGGGCCAAAGAAGAGGUGACGAAGGUACCAGAGAAGUUGCUGUCCUUUGCCGUUCGCUGUAAGAACCUGACAGUUUCUAACACACGGACAGUUCUACUCACCCCAGAGAUCUACAUCAGCCAGAAUAUCUAUGAACAGCUUCUGGACCUGCUGCUGGAGGGUUUCAGUGGAGCACAGCCAGACGAGGUGGUUGAGUUUGUGGAGGAGGUCAUUGCUGGUAUACUCUCCGACCAGGAGGUGCGUACCUUCGAGGAGGUGAUGGUACCGGUGUUUGAUAUCUUCCAGGGGCGCAUCAAAGAUUUGGACCUGUGCCAGCCUCUUCUCUACUCCUACCUGGAUGUUCUGCUCUACUUCAGCCACAAUAAAGACAUUGCCAAGGUAUUGGUGGAACAUAUUCAGCCCAAAGAUCCAGCUAAUGGUUUACAGUACCAGAAGACCCUCCUGGGAACAGUGUUGAGUAUCUCGUGCUUGUUGAAAACCCCAGGUGUGGUAGAGGGACAUGGCUACUUCCUGAACCCCUCCCGCUCCAGUGCCCAAGAGACAAAGGUCCAAGAGGCCAACAUCCACCAGUUUAUGGGCCAGUUUCAUGACAAGCUGCACCAGAUAUUGAAAAACUUGCUCCAGCGAUCUGGUGAGACGCGCCACUUGCUGCUCUCGUGGUUGGGCAGCUGUCUGCAAGCUAAUGCUGGCCGUACUAAGAUAUGGGCUAAUCAGAUGCCGGAGAUCUUCUCCCAGAUGUACGCCUCAGAUGCAUUCUUUUUAAACUUGGGUGCAGCGCUGCUGAAGCUGUGCCAGCCAUUCUGCAAGCCGCGUUCGCCCAAACUUCUCACCUUCAACCCCACCUACUGCGCCCUCAAAGAGCUGAGCGAAGAAGAGAGGCGCAAUCGCAAUGUUCAUGCAACAGGACUCGACAAGGAAACCUGUCUGAUUCCUGUGCCUCCACAGCAGCCAGUAGAGUCUGCACAGUCCUACAGCCUGCUAACUGAAAACCUCAUUCUCACACAACUCACCCUGCAUCUUGGCUUCCACAGACUCCAUGAGCAGAUGGUGAAGAUGAAUCAGUCUCUCCAUCGGCUCCAGGUGACUUGGCAGGAGGCCCAGCGUACAGGGAACCCAAUGGCUGAGCAGCUCCUGGAGCAGUUUGAGCGUCUGAUGAUCAUUUAUCUGUCAACCAAAGCUGCCACCACACAGCCCGCCAUGCUGCAAUGCUGCCUUAACCUUCAAGCUUCGACCGGUGCUCUGCUGGUUCAGUUUGGGAUGGGGAACCGGGGACCUGAACAUGUAGCACUCAGUUUUCCCCUACCCUCCCUACAGAAUACUAUGCUGUGCUAUGUACCAGAGUUUUUUGCAGAGAACUUGGGAGAUUUUUUCAUCUUCCUGCGUCGAUUCGCAGAUGAUGUUUUGGAGACUUCUGCUGAAAGUCUGGAGCAGAUUCUUAACUUCAUCACUGUCUUCAUGGGUAACGUAGAGAGGAUGAAGAACCCUCAUUUAAGAGCAAAGCUUGCAGAAGUCUUAGAGGCGGUUAUGCCCCACAUGGAGCCAAUGGCGCCUGGUGCUGUUCAGCCAAUCGUGUUCCAGCGAGAGAGAGUCUUCUGCUCCUAUAGACACGCACCUCAGCUGGCCGAGGCCCUCAUCACUGUGUUUGUAGACAUUGAAUUCACAGGUGAUCCUCAUCAGUUUGAACAGAAGUUCAACUACAGAAGACCCAUGUAUCCCAUCCUCAAAUACAUGUGGGACAAAGAGAACUACAGAGAAAGUAUCAAGCGUUUGGCACACCAUGCCUCUGAGAACCUGGAAGCCAUGAACCCCCCUCUGUUCCUCAGGUUCCUCAAUUUACUGAUGAAUGAUGCCAUCUUCCUACUGGAUGAGGCUAUUCAGUACCUGAGUAAAAUCAAGAUUCUGCAGCUGGAGCGGGAUCGAGGGGAGUGGGAAGGCCUGGCCCCCGAUGCCAGAAGGGAGAAAGAGUCAAGCCUGCAGAUGUUUGGACAGCUGGGACGUUUCCACAACAUCAUGUCCAAUGAGACCAUUGGCACACUGGCCUUCCUCACCUCAGAGAUCAAAGGGAUAUUUGUGCACCCCUUCUUGGCUGAGAGGAUCAUUUCCAUGCUCAAUUACUUCCUGCAGCACCUGGUGGGUCCUAAGAUGGGCGCCCUUAAAGUUAAGGACUUCAGUGAGUUUGACUUCAAGCCCCAGCAGCUUGUUUCUGAUAUCUGCACCAUCUACUUGAACCUGGGCGAUGAGGAGAACUUCUGUGCUACAGUCCCAAAGGAUGGACGAUCGUACUCUCCUACUCUCUUCUCACAAACUGUUAGGGUACUGAAGAAGAUAAACAAACCUGGGGACAUGAUUGUAGCUUUUGGACUCCUUGCUGACAAAAUAAAGUCUCAUGCAGACAGACAGCAGCAGGAAGAGGAGACCUAUUCUGAUGCCCCAGAUGAGUUCCUGGAUCCAAUCAUGUCCACUCUGAUGCUGGAUCCUGUCCUCCUCCCUUCUUCCAAUGUCACAGUUGACCGCUCAACUAUAGCAAGACAUCUUCUCAGUGAUCAGUCAGACCCUUUUAACCGCAGUCCUUUGACCAUGGAUCAGAUCAGGCCAAAUGAGGAACUCAAACAGCAGAUCUUACAGUGGCUGGAAAAGCAUAAGCAGGAGAGGCAGCAGCUGGGACCCAGUGGCUAGCUGUGAUCCCUCGCUGUGAUGAACCAUGAAUGCAUCCUUGUUUUCUUUCCCGGCUCACAUCUUGCGUGCUCCUCUGCUUCUUGGCUAAUCCAUGGUGUGCUUGCCUCUGUGGAUUUCCUCUGACUCCUCCAGUUCGACUAACACUGCAUUUGCCUUUUCACGCAGCCUUGUUGCUCAGUGGAUUCUCUAAGUGACAGGAGUCCAGGCAAACUGUAGCCUGCCAGACAACUUCAAGACCCAUGCACAGUUGCUGUUCAACUCCCAUGACACCCUACAGUAAGAAUAGUAUGGUGAUUCAACCUCUGAUUCCUCUCUCCCUGAAUACUGUGUAUUAAUUAGUUAUUAUCGCAACCAGAACUGUGGCCAGAAGUGUUCGUUUCAACAGGAUUUGUUGAAUGUACUGAAUGAACUCCUAACUGACCAGCCGGCCAUAACCAGAUUUUAUACUACAAGGUAAGUAUUUUUGGGAACUCUUGCAGCAGAACAUGUAUGGGAUCUUUUUUGAUUCGACCUCGGUUUCACCUUCGCGAAGAAUACAUUAUGCACUGCCUAUAAAGAUCUUGAACACCCUAUAUUUUAGCACUUUUGGUUAAAUCUCAUGCAGCAUUAUAAAUAUACUUAGCAAUUAAAAGUAAGACAUUGGUAAAAACUGAAAUUAAACUUUUAUUUUAAUGAAAAUAGUCAAGAGUACUUGUAGAUUUUCACUGUAAAAAGACGGUGUGGCACAAAACCAUAUUAUGAAAUUUGUUCAAAUCUGCAAGCACUGAAGUACUAAGGAGCACUAAUUGAAGAGCUCCUUAGAUUCUGAGAGCUUGUUAAUUAAUUUGAACCACAUUUUAGGGUCUUGCACAUACAGAAACGCACACAAAUCAAGUCCACCUACAAAUACCAGAAUGCAUAUUAAAAUUGCGUGAUUGUUCAAUUCUUAAAAAAGAAUUGACACACAUUAAAAUGCUGAAUUGUCAGAAAAGCAUUUUCCCCCCUAUUUGUUUUAAAUGUAAAUUUAACAUGGUCUUAGAUUUUCAAAAGCUCUGUUCAGAGCUACAGAAGACAUAAUUCAACUGCUGAGUGGUACAUCCUCAUGACAAGCAAACUGAUCUUACCAUAAAACCUUGAAGGACCCAUCCUGACACUCAGCGGUGAUCAUGAGCAAUAAAAUAAUACUUUAAUACUGCUGACACAAAAAGGCAAGAUAGCAUGAAAACACUGCUUUAAAUUUAAAAUUUCAGUUUCUGUUAUGGAAAUGUUGUCAAAGUUCCCCUAAACUAAAGGUCUGGGAGAAUAAAUCCUAGGUAAAAAAAUUUUUAAAAAGCCAUGCAGUUAUAGAGUUAUAUUUCAUAAAACAUAUACAAUGCCUAGUUAAUAAUAAUAGUCCAGUAACAAUAAACAUAAACACAAUAAGCAAACAAUUUCUCACUUCUUAAAUACUUAUAAAUCAUUUACUUUUACUCUUUACACUGACCAUACUUCUGUGGAUUGAACCAAAAAAGCCAAAAUAUAGGGCAUUUUUGACUGGCAGUGUAUGUAAUUGUAUUUGUCACCUUUGGAAUUAACAUUGACUAGAUUAACAUGCAUCCAUCGUUUUAAACAGAUUUUUUGUUGUAUACCAUACCAUACCAUAUUAACGUGUGGGUAAACAGUCAAUCGAAUCGGUGCCUGAAACCAAGAGCCUUGCUGUAAAUGCUGGCAAAUGAGGAUCUGACUCGUUUCAUACCUUUUAAGAGGCAUAAUUAUGAAUUUGUUUCUUUGUAGGGAGCUGUAGGUAUAGAAUAUGAAAGAAAGAAGAUCAGAAAUGGUUGUUUGAGUAGCUUUUCGAAUUAAAGGAUUUUAAUUGAAAAUAAAAUGUAGUUGUACAAAAAUGACAGUGUGAGAGAAAGGCUGUUUGUUGGCAUGCCCGCAUAUUGUAAGUUGAAUAUUUACCACCUGAAUGAUUACAUGAGUUAAAUUAUAAUGCGAUAUUUUUGUUUUGAUUGUGAUUACAAAAUGUUUAUUUUGGAUGUACAGUAUGAUGAAGAAAUAAAACUAAUAUGCGUUAUAUAAGA